AUGACCAAGUGUACCAUCUCACAGAACACGGCAACCCAGUCACCGCCGCCAUGCCCUGCAUUCGCCGCCCACGUCCUGGCGCCUCCCUGCCGCGCUGCUGCUGCCGGUCGCCUUCCCCGGACCAUUAGCACGGCGCCUCGAAACCAGAAUCGAUACGGCAGCGAGAACCCUAGAUGCCUGAAGACCGCUCUCUGGGCGCCCUCCCAGGCCGUCACCGCCCCCCCUGUACAAUCGCGCAACCGCUGCUACAUUGACAGCGCCGGCCGCCUCAACCUGGACCCCAAGGUUGUGCCCAUUGGGCAUCCAUCCAUCAGCCUGCGCCAGUUGUUCAUCACCUGA